UACCUAAUAUCCGAUCAACAAAACAUGCUUGGAUAAAAUCAGCAUUGCGUGUUCUGAAUUCCUUUCUUUCUUCACAGACUGCCUAACUUUCAGCGCUCUUUGAAAACAGGAAGAGGAAGUAAAGCAAGAGCACGAGCGCACUUUCAUAGGUCAUCACAGCCUGACAUGCCGGUGUUUCCACUGCAGCCAUGGAGCACGUAACUGUCAGCGAGGAGCCGUCCGCCACACUAAUGUCCCAUGGACGACCCAUAUUCAACGAAGCCAUUAUUGACUCAGAGCUUCUGCACAAGAAGAAGAAGACACCCAAACCCUAUAAACUGAGAGUAGCAGAGCAUCUCUGCUGUUCGUCUGAGAAAGUCAAGUCUGUUGUAUUUGGUUUUCUACCCAUUUUAACAUGGCUGCCAUCAUAUCCACUAAAGGAAUAUCUUUUUGGGGACAUCGUCUCUGGAAUCAGCACAGGUGUAAUGCAGCUACCUCAAGGUGAGAUAUUACACAGAAGAAUAGUUCUUGCUUAGGCAAUGCUGGCUGCUGUCCCUCCAGUAUUUGGCUUAUAUUCAUCAUUUUAUCCCGUCCUAUUAUACACAUUCUUCGGUACCUCCAAACAUAUAUCAAUAGGCACAUUUGCUGUAAUCAGUCUGAUGAUUGGUGGGGUUGCAGUAAGAGAGGCCCCAGACUCCAUGUUUAUGGUCAAUGGGACCAAUGCUUCACUGAUUGUGAAUAUUGAGGCCCGCGAUUCCAGAAGAGUGGAGGUGGUUGUAGCUCUGACAACUCUAGUAGGAAUCAUCCAGUUUGUUCUGGGUCUGCUGAGGUUUGGUUUCCUGGCGAUUUAUCUGACUGAGCCGCUGGUGCGAGGUUUCACCACUGCCGCGGCUGUGCACGUCUCAGUGUCGCAACUCAAAUACCUGCUGGGAGUGAAGACUGCACGCUUCAAUGGGCCUCUUUCUGUAGUGUAUAGUCUCGAUGCUGUUCUCAGGAACAUUGCAGACACUAAUAUUGUCACUCUAAUUAUUGGGCUGGGGUGUACUGUGUUCCUGUACAUCAUCAAACAGCUCAACGAACGCUUCAAGAAGAAGCUACUUAUCCCCAUCCCUGGAGAAAUCAUAGUGGUAAUUGUGUCCACUGGAAUCUCAUAUGGGAUGGUUAUGUCUGAAAACUAUGGUGUGGACGUUGUGGGUAAAAUUCCUACCGGGUUGCUGCCACCCAAGGUUCCAGACUUCUCAGUCUUUCCUAACCUCUUUGCAGACGCCGUCCCUAUAGCUGUUGUUGGCUUUUCCAUUACAAUAUCAUUAGCCAAAACCUUCGCCCUAAAGUAUGGCUACAGUGUGGAUGGAAAUCAGGAGCUCAUCGCACUGGGACUUUGUAACUUUGUCAGUUCGUUCUUCCACACGUUUGUCGUCACCGCCUCAAUGUCUCGCAGUCUGGUACAGGAGAGCACUGGAGGACAUACUGAAAUUGCAGGACUCUUGGCGUCCCUACUUGUGCUACUGGUGGUGGUGGCCAUUGGAUUUGUCUUUCAGCCAUUGCCCACGACGGUGUUGGCUGCUAUCAUCAUGGUUAUCUCCUGGGGAUGUUUAGCAAACAAGGGAUAUUCCAGUUUAUGGAGAAAAGCAAGAUUGAACUGUUGGGACACGAUUGUUGGUUUUGCUGUUAAUUGCCGACAUGUUUUCUUCAGGAAUUUGGCUGGUGUCGUUUUUGCAUCAGUUCUCCUGGGACUUGAUUAUGGUUUGGUAGUUGCCAUGUCUUUUGCCAUACUCACCGUGAUUUACAGGACACAACGCCCCAAGAAUGUUGUUCUUGGACAAAUCCCAGAUACAGGAUUGUACUUUGAUGUGGAUGAAUAUGAAGAGGUAAGACAAUGCUCAGGGAUUAAGAUUUUUCAGUCCAAUUCCUCCAUCUACUGCAAUAGUGAGCUGUAUGUGAAGGCCCUCAAGCAAAGGACUGGAAUUGACCCGGAAAAAACUGCUUGAUGCCAAGAAAUUACAGAUAAAUAUGCCAAAAGAGACGCAGAGGAUAAAAAGACUACAAACCAAGGCUCUUUGCUGAAGAAAAAUGCAGUCGUCUUAUUGGACAUGGAGCUGGGCGUCACUCAUGAAGUCCUGAACGGGCCACAAAAACCAAAGCACGUACACACCAAUGGCCAGAUGACCGAGAACCACAUCGAAUGAUCUGAGGAUGAAUUCUUUCUGCAGCGUCUCACCCCCAUUCACUCCAUCAUCCUGGACUUUACUCCUGUUAACUUUAUUGACUCUGUAGGAGCCAAAACCAUUAAAUCAGUGAUCAAAGAGUAUGCAACAGUUGACGUGAAGGUUGUACUUGCUGGGUGUAGCAGGACCCUUCUGUCUGAACUCAGGACGCUCCAGUUCUUCAGUGAGCCUGUAACCCCUGACCUCAUUUUCCCCACCAUUCAUGACGCAGUACUGCAGUGUAAACGUUGGAGGGAUCUUCCCGUCCACCCAAACAUCCACUGAACACAAACAAAACACCCAGUUGACCUCUGGGUUUGAGCGGGUAGGGCUGGAGUGGGACUAAUAUGGAUGGCGUUGUGCUGGAACGAGCACAUGUACUGUUACUCCUAAGUCUCUUUGGAAGUCAUGGAGCCCAAAAUGUUUUAGAUUUCAAAAAACACUUUAUUUAAUGCCAAUAUACCAGCAACUGUUGGGCUUAUUACUAUGUGUACUGUGGUUUUUAUUGCAAUAGCCAUGGUUUUAAGAUUUGUUACUGAUGACUGUAAAACACUCUGUACCUUCAGUUAUUUUAAGUGCAAUUAGAAUGGACGGAUUAAUGACCAAUUUAGUUUUUAGCGCUGGUCUUAAUCUGUUAAUGACAUUCCAGUGAGCUUAUUUUUAUGAUAGAAAUUUAGUUUUACAGUUGUACGUGGUGUGCUUGCUGUUCGGCAAAACAAAUUAGGCUAAUAAUGAGUAUUUCUGUUUUAUUGUUAUUAGGUGCAGUUUCUGAUCUGGCUGUAGUAUUCAGUUGUUUAAAAAGCAGCUUAAUUUGUUACAUAAUAUCACAGAAUCGCACAGUCGACGAAGAUGCUGCUUUUGAUGUUAUGAUAUACUUUAAUCUGACGUUUCUGAGAAAACAACUUCUUUGCUGCCAGAUAUUGAUUGUGCUUUUUUGCUUUAGGGUUUUACAACCCCCUUAGUUCAAUCGGUGACUUUUUUUGGCUAAUAGUUUAUCUAGGUCACACCAGGGUUACUUUGAACCUUUAGUUUUAUUUAUUUUCUUUGUGUUCAGAAAACAUUAUUAUCACAAAGUGGUCUUGGUUAUUGAAACAGCAGAUGUCUAGCUGCAGACAUUACAUGAAGCGUUUAUGAAGUCUCUGAUGUUUGCUGCAGACACUGCCUAUGAAAUGUUCACUCCGGGCACUCUUUGUGCUCAUAUGGAUUUUAUAUAUAUAUAUAUAUUUUAUUCUGUACUAAUAUUUAGAUGCUGUUUCAUUGGGGGUAAUGAAGACCAAAGUUCAACAAUCAGUUUCAACUGCAGUGUAUUGUCCUUUUAUGCAUAUGUGAAUUUAAGAUUUUUUUUUGUAUAAUAAAUACAAAUCAAAACUCUAAUUUAUUAAAUGUUUAUUCCUUAAAA